AUGGGAGGAACCAUUAUGCAAGCUAUACAGAAAUUGGUACGAGUCCAUCCGGAUACAUGGGAAUCUAUGUUACCUGCUGUUUUGUAUUCCUAUCGUACGAAAUCCCACGAAACCCUCAAGAUCACGCCGUUCGAAUUGAUGUUCGGCCAAGCACUAGGCGACAACGGCAAGGACAUUAUGGCAGCUUUUGGGUCUACAUUGGGUCAUCAACGCCUUUGCAAGUUGGUGAAUCGAAACGUAAAGGCUGAUGAACUCAUCGAUUGUCCGGAGCCAUCACUCGUUCAAGAUUUCCAAGCAAAAUUCAAACCUAGUUCACAUGUUUUGCGAAUCAAGGCAGUCCAUAAAGGCAAGCUCGACCACAAGUACACACCUGAGCAAUUCUUGGUGGUGGCAGCAUUUGCAAAUAGAACUUAUUUACUUACCAAUGAAUCAGGCCGCCUACUCAAGAGAAGGGUUAAUGAAGACACAUUGCGUGCCUACUACGACCGCCAAUUGAAGUAUCUCCGUAACUCUGCAUUUCAGUAG